AUGGAGGACCCGUUAGUGGUUAAGAGGAUUAACUCCUGGGGCGGGAAUGCGAGCCCGAUACAGGCAGCGACACAACACCCUGCAACUAGCGCACAUGUAGAUGGCCAGGACGAAUCCUCUACACCAAUCACUUCAGCAUCAUCACCAAAAGACUAUCCUGUCGAAGGCACAGAAACCAAACUGCAAGACCUUGAGCGCUAUAUCGCUCUUGGCUGUCUUCACUUCCACCAGCCACUCGGAAUUGUCCAAAAUCCACGGCCAGAUACCGAAUGGGUCGAAUUCCUGCAUCACGAACUUCUAGAAGAAGACAAAACCAUCAUUGGCAACAGAGCUUCGAGAUUGCUCGGGGCCCGCUGGAUUCGGCUUUUUCUGCAUAAUCCUACGCACGAUACUAGGGCUUCUCACACUAUCGUCCGGGUGUACUUACUACCAGAAGAUUGGGGCCGUCGAUCCAUUGACCGCAACAGCAAGAGUCUAAAAGGUGCAUUGCGGCAACUCCUCAAGUCUGUUGAUAUAUCAUCAAACGCAUGGUACGGCGAUCCUAAACAAGAUGAGAUAUGCUACUUUGACCCCUGGGCCGAUGCCGAACCCUCUUCGCUAUAUUACUUGUUCAACAAAUUGCCAUCGCCCGCACCCACCCCGGAAGAGAUCAAGAACAGAUAUACUAGAGUCGCAGUGAGCGACCUUCUAGAGUCUGCUGCCGCAUCGGGUUGGGAAGAGUACGGUGAACAAGCGCUGCCAGGGCUACGAACCAGAUUAUACGCCUACCAGGCUCGUUCUGCCAGUAUAAUGCUACAACGUGAGGCUGCACCUCAGUUACAGCUCGAUCCAAGACUCGAGGUUCGCAUGGCUCCUGAUGGCAAGAAGUUUUACUUUGGCGCUCGAGAUGGGUCCUUUCUCCAAGAGCCUCGUUACUAUGAAUCAAAUCGAGGAGGAAUUUUAGCAGAAAUCAUGGGCUUGGGAAAGACUGUCAUCUGCUUAGCAGUGAUUCUGGCAAGUAAACAUCAUCUGCCCCAGAUACCAGCAACCUAUCGUCCGCCUCCUCCGGUCCGCAACCGGGUUGGAACGCUGGCGGAUAUGGCAGCCUCCAUCCUGGGCCGGUAUUCUGUACCUACUCGGGCCUUUUUGGAACAGUCUGAGGCAAACGGUGCUGGAGACAUGACCAAGUUUAGGAACGCACUUGAUCGAAACAUGCCUUUCUACGAGAUCCCACCUGAGCUCCCUAGAAUGAACCGGAACACCAAGAUGCCGAUGCCGCGUCAACUCGUAAUUUCAUCAGCUACAAUCAUCGUUGUGCCGCGGAACCUUUUGCAUCAAUGGCAAUCAGAGAUCAGGAAACACGUAAUUUGCGGUGGUCUAAAAGUGCUCGUUGUAGACACCGUACCCAAGCGUGGGAGCAAAGCCAAAAGUACGAUGUAUGAUGACGAUACAAUGCAGUUCAACAGCGAACUGCCUGUUCCUACUGAGCUUAUGAAGUUCGAUGUGGUUCUGUUUACUCGGAACAGAUUUGAGCAAGAGAUUCAGGAUGGACAGGACGACCAAGGACGACGCGCGGUCCGUGGUGCAACUCGCACGUGUAAUUGCUCGUACAUUGGAGCAACUCGGAUACCCAACUGCAACUGUAUCAACAGCAAUAAACUCUACGAAUCGCCACUCAAGAAGAUCCACUGGCUGCGAAUCAUCAUCGACGAAGGCCAUUCCUUCUCUAGUUCUGUGUCGAACGCUGUGUUGGUCGCCAAACAGAUACAAGCUGAGAGACGUUGGGUUGUAUCGGGCACACCUGCAAAAAACCUAGUCGGAGUGGAAGUCGACAUGGCUACGAUGGAAUCCGAAAGUGACACAGCGCUACAGCGCGAAUUCGCUAUUGAGCAAAGGAAGUCAUUCAACGUCGAUCCUGAAAAUCUCAAGGCCGCUAAGGCUUUGGGGAUGCUAGCUUCAAACUUCCUCAUGGUUCGACCCUGGUGUCCUAAUUCCGAAGGAAAACUUGAGUGGGAAGAAUACAUUUAUCGCCAUGAGCAUGAGUACCAGAAGACCUACUCUGGAUUCUCCAAAUGCUUCUUGCGGGUACUCGAGGGGUUGGUUGUGAAGACACGACCAGAAGAUGUGGAGAGAGAUAUUGUUCUACCUCCCAUGCGCCAUCGCGUGGUGUUUCUCAAACCGUGCUGGUACGACAAGAUGACGGCCAAUCUCUUCAUUCAGGUUCUACGAGCGAAUGCGAUCACCAGCGAACGAACUGACAUCGAUUACCUUUUCCACAAGAACAGCGUGAAGGAACGUCACGCUCUCAUUCGAAAUCUGCGUCAAUCUAAUUUUACGUGGACUGGAUUCACUUUGGCCGACGUCAUCUCGACGCUUGAUACAAGCAGCAAGUAUCUAACCAAGGGGGAUAAACACUGCUCGCUUGAAGAUGCACAGUCCCUGCUGGAAAGCAGUCAAGCCAUUUCCAAGUUAGCAGCUUCAGAAGGGUGGAAAGCUCUAAGUAAAGCCCAUGAAGUAGGUAUGGCGAUUGACAACUGGCCAAAAGAGUCACGAGAUGCCUUUUCGCUUGUUUACCCGGCAAAACCGAUAAUGGCUGGCAUCACGCAACUGAUUGAAGGACAACUCCAUGUCGAUAGCAACAUACUCUCAAAAGAUCCUUCCGUCGGGCUCGAUACUGUGGGACGUGCAGCAAAAGCCAAGGUUGCAGCCAUGGCAGAAGCGGAGAGCAAGACGAGAAACAGCAGUGAGAGAACAGUUACCGACUCUCCUUUGAAGAAAGCCGGGGUACCAUCGUCGCUGGUCGACGGUCAGCAGCCAUUGACGAGUCGAAGAGCUUCUGCCAUGACAAGCCAAAAUUCUUCUCAGCAACUACCAGGACACAAGGCUCAGGAGGUUAGUGAAGAGCAAGCGGCCCCAACAUCGCCAGUUCGUUCGAAGAAGCGCAAGCUCACUUUGGAGGAAGAGAUGGCGGAUUUGGCCGGAAACUCACCUCUUCAGGACGCUCGCAUAGUGGGUACAACCUCAGCUAAGCUGAGCUACCUACUUGAUAAGGUGAUGCAACAUCAGGCUACGGAAAAGAUCAUCAUCUUCUACGACGGCGACAACGCAGCAUUUUACAUCGCACAAUGCCUUGAGGUCUUGUAUGUGAAUCACCGGAUCUACGCGAGGACGUUAAACAAUACACUGCGGUCUGAAUACGUACGAUUGUUCAACGAAGACCCAGAUGUACGUGUCCUGUUGAUCGAUGUUGCUUGUGGUGCUCUUGGGCUAAACUUGAAUGCGGCGAGUGUCGUUCUUAUCGUAAACCCAAUCAACAGACCAAACAUAGAAGCACAGGCAAUCAAACGAGCACAUCGAAUAGGGCAGACAAAAGAGGUACUUGUCGAAACCUUGGUGCUUGAGAAUACGAUUGAGCAUGCCAUCUUCAACCGUGCGAAGAAGAUGUCACGAGCCGAUCACCAAGAAGCAAAAGAGCUGGAAGAUGACGCGGGCAUCACCGAGAUUAUUCAGAAUGCACAGAUACUGUCGGCUGGUGAAGAUGAAGGAGAGGGAUUAUCUAGCUUUGCAUUGCUGCAAACUCCCCAGAAGGUGUUUGGACGACCGAACCGACACAAGUAUCACCGGUUUGGCGCCACGGAGCCUAAAGCUGGGCAGAAACCAGCAAAGAAAGCAAAGACGGCGAGAGAUACGAAGAAAAACGGUACAAUGAAGGACGAGGCUGUCUCAUCAUUGGAGACGGACUCGCUUCCAGUGCGAGGAACAGCUAACGAAGCAAACGCGGCCUCUUUGAAUUCAACACCCAGUAUUUUUGGUAGCGGCUAAGAGGUUUGCCUCAAAAAGUUUUGUUCUAUUCUUUGAGUUCUGUUUGAGAUGGGUUCCCG